AUGGCGCCUCCACCACCAUUCCACGUCGAGCAGUGGAUGGACGACCACGAAACAACGGCCAAAUACAACCUUGCCGAGACCUGCUGCGCCAGUAUCUCCAUUGACGAGCUCCUCGCCCUCUCCGAAGACAAAAAGGCUACGGUUUCCAGCGUCCUCGACUCCUCCGCCAUCCAGAACUACGGCGAUAUACCCGGCUCUCAUCCCCUCCGCGAGAACCUCAGCCGUCUCUACUCAAGCAAAGCCGGCUCUCCCCUGCCUCCCGACAACAUCCUCAUCACCCCCGGCGCCAUCGCGGCGAACCACCUCGUCUUUUACGCUCUGCUGAGUCCGGGAGAUCAUGUGAUAUGCCACUACCCAACGUACCAGCAACUGUACUCCGUCCCAGCCUCCCUCGGCGCAGACGUGUCGCUCUGGCACUCCGACCCCUCCAACGCCUGGCUCCCAGACUUCUCCGCCCUCGAGUCCCUGGUCACGGACAAGACCAAACUCCUCAUCCUCAACAACCCGCAAAACCCCACCGGCGCCAUCCUCCCUCGCCCUCUUCUCGAGAAAAUCGUCGAGUUGGCCGAGAAACACAACAUAAUCAUCUUAAGCGACGAAGUAUACCGCCCACUCUUCCACAGCAUAACACCCCUAGACCCCAACUUCCCGCCCUCAAUCCUCUCCCUAGGCUACCGCAACACCAUCGCCACGGGCAGUCUGAGUAAAGCCUACUCCCUCGCCGGCCUCCGCGUAGGCUGGGCCGCUUCCCGCAGUCCAGAAAUCGUGGCCAAGCUCGCGAGCGCCCGGCACUACACCACCAUCUCCGUGUCCAAACUGGAUCAAGCGGUCGCUUCGUUCGCGCUUUCGCCGGAAACGAUCCAUGCGCUGUUGGGAAGGAAUGUCCAGUUGGCGAAGACGAAUUUGGAGGUACUGGAUAAGUGGAUCACGAAGCAUGAUGAAUACUGCAGCUACGUCCGCCCCGUGGCGGGGACGACGGCUUUUGUCAAGUUUGAGAGGGAGGGGAAGGCGGUGAAUGCGAGGGCGUUGUGUGAGGCGUUGCAGGAAAGGACGGGUGUUAUGUUUUUGCCGGGGGAUGUGGGGUUUGGGGAGGAGUGGAGGGGGUAUGUGAGGGUUGGGUAUGUUAAUAGGACGGAGGUGUUGAGGGAGGGGUUGGAGGAGGCGAGGAAGUUUAUGCGGAGGGAGUUUGAUGAGGUGCCGCUUGCGGAAGAGUGA